UUUGGUUUUUAGAAACAUCUCCUUGACAACUUAUCGCGACGCUUAGAAAUCUUCAAUUUUCAAAGGGAUGUAUUGAAAGCGAUUUUUUGCGUUGUGAGUCGUCUAGUUGACGACUGCAGCUACUGCUGUUUGAAAAAGUGAUGACGGUCACGGGAAGCGAGUGCAAAAUAAAUUCUGAAGAUCAGAGGUGAUGGUGAUGACCAGUGAUACUUUACGUAUUGGCAGGAGCAAGCGUGAGCCAGCAGGAUUUUGGAGCUUAUAUGCAUAUGUUAUUGUUUUUGUGUUGCGAUGUUACGUCUGAAAUAAAGGAGUGUCGUUUGGUUAUUCGAGAUUCUACGGACUAAUAACAAAUUGUAGAAGCAGUUAUUAGAAUAGGUUUAGAACCUUUCCUUCGACAAAUAGCGCAUAACUCUGAAUUGAAACAGAAUAACGAAUCAUAAUCAGUGGAAAAGAACAGAGAGUGUUUUGGUUUUGAUUUUCUGCAAACUCAGCAGCCUCGCCAGGUCUGUUUCAGUGUAAAAAGUGUCACAUAAUAGGAAGAAGCAAAAUAGCUUUGCGCUUGUGUUGCUUCGGGUGUUGAUCCAUCCGGAAAGCAGAGUACCACACAAUUACAACACAGAACACUGUCGAACCGAGUGGUGGUGAGUCACGAUGCUUGGACGUGUUCGGCUUAAAGAAAACGGAAUCAUGGAUGAAGAGUUGCCCACUCUUCUCGAGACGACGUUUCGAUAUUUGGCCAAGAACUUGCAUGUGGUAUGCAACGUCGAUCCGGUAUCCCAUCAACUUGAACUGAAGGACGAUAUCGUCAUCCCGAAUGAGAUUUGUGAUAGAUUCUUGCGCUACCAGCAGGACUGCGGCCAAGACAUCAAUGACCGCUUUAUUCAGAUAUUCCGUGAUACGGAAAAGACACCGCUGCGUAACAUCCGGCUACGCAACAGUACGAUCACCAAUGAGGGUAUGCGUAUUUUGCUACGGCACAAACUGAACUCUCUGUCGAUGUGGUAUUGCAACAAAAUAACGACUGCGUCGUGGAAUAUUUUGAUCGAGAACUGCCGCCAGUUACGUUCGCUCGAGCUGGGUCGGUUCGUCGAUAUGCUGAAGCACAGCGAACCGAAUGAGAAAACGCCGAUAGAUUUCCAGCUGGUUCUGCCUCAGCUGCGUCAACUGAUCCUCAACGGUGUUGUGCUGCAGCCCAUGAUUCAGUUCGGCCAUCUAUGGGAGCUGACGUAUCUCGAUCUAACAGCAUGCAUAUUUGCUGAUUUCAGCCUGCAAGCUCUGAUCGAUUUACCCAACCUGAAAGCACUAAUUUUGUUCAACGUUUGGCCAUUGGAUCACGAGUUUUCCACACUCUGCAAGUUGAAAAAUUUGCAAACUUUGGAUCUGUCUGUGUCCAGAGCAAAUGUGGACGGAAAUUAUCUGACUCCAAAUAAGUUGUUAUCAAAUUUAGUUGAAAAUCUACCACUCCUGCGACAUUUAGAUAUUUCUGGCACGAAUCUUGCCGGGGAUGGAGUAGCGAUGAAGACGAAUAAUACUGCUAGCAGUUCGGAUAUCCCGGGCUUGGCUAGCCGUGCCGAUCGGCCGCUGGAUUUUCUUGGACUAUACUACACCGCUCAUUCGGCCUGCAAGUGGCACGAUAUUCCUGCAGUAAAAAUCGCUGGCGAAGCGACAGAAGACCAAAUUUUGGUGGCCGCUUCCGUCUACCAGGAUCGCUAUGAGCUGCUCACGAAAGUUCUAAAUGAUCUCUAUCAUUUGCUUCGGUUCGAAACAUGCAAGCAAAUUCACAAAGCGUUGGAUGUUGUGUUAUCCGCUAUGGACAAACACAUCCGUGUAAAAAAUAUACAAAUCAGUGGCAGUGCCACGUUGUUUUAUAUAGUAAAAGGACGUAAUAAGAUCCAGUUCGGAGUUCCUCUGAAGAAUCAUAUCAUCCAUACGCUCCUUAAUGGAAUGUCAACACAUCUGACAGAUGACACGAUGAUGAGAAAUGGUUGUCUAACGUUGUGUCAGUUCAACAUACCACAAGAUGUGUUAUUCGAGUAUGAAAGGUUAGUCCGUAUUCUACUUCACGGUGUGUCCUACCGAGAGCAGGAAGGAUUUGUACAGCGUAUAGCCAUUUAUCUGUUAAAUUCGCUAGCUUGUCAGGUGGACGGAAGUCAGAAGAUGUUUCUCGGAGAUUUGGGUGCUAUCUCGACAAUGCUUAAUUUGAUCAGUGAUCGGCUGUCGCGCAAAAUUUUUGACGAUGUUAUGGAAGUAGCGUGGUCUACUAUGUGGAAUGUGACCGAUGAAACGGCGAAGAAUUGCGAACGUUUUUUGGACGGCCGUGGAAUGGAAUAUUUCUUAGGUUGUCUGAAGUUGUUUCCGGAGAAAGACGAUCUAUUGCGGAAUAUGAUGGGUUUGCUGGGAAAUGUUGCAGAAGUAAAGGAUUUACGACCACGGUUAAUGACGCCAGAAUUCAUUACAGAGUUCGCCGAUCUGCUUGAUUCGUCUAGCGAUGGAAUUGAGGUUAGCUACAACGCUGCUGGCGUUCUCGCCCAUAUCGCUUCGGAUGGGGAAGCAGCAUGGGUCAUUGCUUUGCCCACUCGUGACCGUGUUUUGGUUCGCAUGGUGGAAGCGAUCGAGCGAUGGGAUUUGUCGGCCGAGCGUAACAUCAACUACCGUAGCUUCGAGCCUAUUCUUGGAUUGAUUCGUUGCUACCACACUCCCGCUUGUCAACAUUGGGCUGUCUGGGCCUUGGCGAACUUGACCAAAGUAUAUCCCACAAAAUACUGCCGACUGGUUGAAAAGGAACGUGGUAUCGAGUUGUUGCAAGCUUUAAUAGAACAUUCUCAGCCAUAUCAUCGGCUAAAAGAGCUGGCCCAGAUGGUACUAACACACUGUCGAAAUUUCAACGACACCAUUGAUCAAUGCCGGAAGAUGGAACUAGACGGCUGAGAACUGCAACUAAUCGGUCGGAACAUUGGGUAAGCAAAAAAUACCAAUCCCCAUGUUAUUGUAACCUGUAAAUUUUAUUUUUAAUCGCAAAGUUAGACAAGCAAGGCUGGCCGUACGAAAUACCAAUAGUAGGAUAAGGCAUGUAUAUUACAACUAUUUAACGAUUUAAAUUAUUCACAAAAAUAAUAGUGAUAUAGGUAACAUUGCUGGAGCACACCACCCAUGUUGAUAUUUAAAACCGCAUGUUAACUAUAUUCAGAAGAGUUCACCAAUUUGGCACCUUAUCAAAUUAAGGCUAACACUAUCGUAAAAAGAAACUAUUUGCAAAAUCAUAACGAUGCUAAUUGUUGAGCAAACGGAAAAACACACAUGCUUUGCUAUACUUAGCUACUAUUCAGGUAGACAUUAAUAAAACAAAACUUAUUGAUAAAAAGAA